GGCUCUUCAGUCUCAAGAAACAAUUUGCAGCGCGGACGUCUUUGGAAGCAAAUCUUCGGCAAAUCUCAGUCGGCAUAAAGCCUCUAUAUCAAUCUUUUAAAAAUUAUAUUCAUAAUAAUUGACGCUAUUUGUCGGUUUGGGUGCGGUCCAGAACCGACAACACAACGGAUAUUUAUUGCUAAAAUUUUCAUCUUUAUUAAAGUCGGAUUUUACCCAGAUCUACAAUCAAUACGAAGAACAUGUAUCUGAACCUACUUUUCCUAAUAUUCGUGAACGGUGUAUUCGGUGUUGAGACGGUUGACAUGAAGACACUGGAAGUAAUGGAGGGAGAUCCUGUCAUGCUAGAAACUUGUCUCACCAAUAUACAGAAAGACGAUGAGAUAGAGUGGAAGUUUGGACCUAAUGGUCCUGUCAUAGCUAAGAUCAAGGCCAACAAUGCCUUAUUAUAUGACACUGAUGAUAUGAUGUUUAAGGACCGACUCAAUCUAGAUGCUCAAACUGGAGAUCUGACCAUCAGGAACACCAGAAUCAAACACUCUGGGAUUUAUGAACUAAAGAUCUUCAAUGGCACACACAACGUACAGAAGACAUUCAGAGUCAUCGUCAUUGAUGCGAUUCCUAAGAAAGUGUCAGUAACAGAGGGCGAUUCCGUCCCUCUCGUGCAUGAUAUUACUGAUAUAGAGAAAUAUGAUGUGAUCCAGUGGAUGUUUGGAGCUGAAGGCCCUGUCAUCGCUGAAAUUAAUAAACAGAAAAGUAAGAUCCCAUCAUAUAAUGGUGCUGAUGGGACGUUUAGUGGCAGACUGCUACUGGACGUCCAGUCAGGAUCUCUCACCAUAACAGAAAUCACAUCCUCUGACGCUGGACUUUAUAAACUAAAGGUGUACGGCACAAACAGAGAUGCCAAAGAAAGGAAAUUCAGAGUUACUGUCAGUGCAGCGGGCCUGUCCACGGGUGUCAUAGUGGUGAUAUCUGUUGUUGUUGUAAUUGGGCUUGUGUGUGUGGCUGCUGUUAUUGUCUAUCGCUGCAACACUUCAAACAGACACAACGGUAAUUAUUAACCACAAGUGAUGUGACAAGAUGCCAGUUAUAAGAAAGGGAAUGAGGAAACGGCACUUAAACAGUAGCACAUGAUUACUGUAGCACUAUAAACAUGACCAGUAUAAAAUCGGCUGCUGUAUACUGUUAUGAAAUGGUACUUAACAAGGGUGAAUUGCUUCUCUGGUAUGAUUGGGGAAACUGCUACACUAUAUGCUUUCAUAUAAGUAAUGGAACAGAUUUAAGUUUACAUGCACUAGUUUAUUUUAAACAUCUGUUUUUAUUAAUGUUACAUACCGAUUACUUGAUCUGGCUCUUUGACUCUCAGCUUUCAUAUUAUGGGACUAAUUGCAGGCUUUUAAGUUUUUAUAAAAUAUGUAAUUUGAAGGUUCAUCUUAACAGAUAAAGGAUCUGUUUCUCAUGUCUGAAUUUCUCUGUGGAUGUUCUCUACUGUAACUGAGACCAACAGCUGGAAAGGGUCGAUGUUAAAGUCACUUCACAGUAUGUUUCUGUGUCUCUAAAGAGAGCGCAUGUAUCAGAUGCUUUAACAGACAUUUAUAGAGCAUAUAGAAAUGCAUGGUACUCCGUUCAAAAGCUUUUACUGAAUGUUAUAGGCUAGUUAGUGCCUAGAUUUUGUGUUCAAUCAAAGAAUGACACUAAAACAUGUUUAAAAUCUGCCAUCAGCUAUGAAUGUAAUGUGAGAUUUGAAAUGUGAGCUCACUGAGUGACUGUUGCUCAUCUGUUGUGAUGUACUGCUGUUCUGCCCUCUAGUGGAUAAAACAUGAUUAACCUUUUUUUUCAUGAAUAGGCUAAUAUGAUUGAGCUUAUUUUUUAAGCCUUGAAAUUAAAUGUAUUCGGCUGAUUUUAUUGGCUUUUUCUUUAUCUUGUUAUACAAGUCUCUGCUUGGGUAUAAUUGAAAAGCCUAUGUCUUAUUGUCUUGAUGCCUUUGUUGUAUAUUUGGGAAAUUUUUAAAAUAAAAGAU